UAAAUAAGUGCUUUAUAUAUGUGUAAAACUUUUUUAAAAAAAUACUAAAAAGUUCAAAAAGUAAUUUAUAUAUACUACAGAAUACUGUGAAAGCUGUUUACAUAUAUACUACAUACAUUUUAAUAUCCAAAAUCAGAUUGUACAGAAACUAAGGAAACAAAAAAAUAUUGUCAAAAUGAGUGUUGACACUUUAUCAUCUCCCUUAGGAACUGUGUAUAUGAUUUCUAUGUACAGUUACUUCAACUUACUCAGCGAUUUCUUGUACAGCAACAAUUAUUUAUUUAACUAUGACAAAUACAAACCAAUAAUGGUCGUUAACGCUUUUUACAGAUAUUUAGAGGAUAAUCAAAAUAAUCAAGACGAUCUAAUUCGAAGUUUAUUGCAAGGCAGUGACUUAUACGGGGAAAAAGUUGGUGAAAUACCUGAUGGAACUUUCGUGAAUGCCAUGUAUGAGUAUAUUAUUACUUCUCUUGUAUUUGCCAAAUAUGGAAAUAUUUACGGAUUUUUGGCAGAUGUUGUUCGAAAAUCUCAAGAUUUACAUAUAAACACUUUGCUAAAGGAAAUAAGGAGUACUCUUGAAAAAAUAAGAUUUCAAAAUGAAUAUGGUAAUCAUUCGUCACUGACACCUUUAGCUGCAGAUCGAAUAUUUACAGAUAUAAUAUUACCUCUAUUUCCACAACCAAAAACUAAUCUCAAAUUGACGUCAUUAGAUUAUAUUUAUGCACAAGCUGGUGCAAUUUUACUUCGAUCCGGAAGACAAAAUAUUGACUAUUAUUUCACUACUGAAUCAAAUGAAAGAAUAAUAUUAAAUAAUGAAACUCUUUUUGAGGAAUAUUUAAUAAUUGGACUUUUAAUUGAACAAAAUAUUAUUGUUGAAAAAUUUGAUAAAUUAAAAGUAACAGCUUUUGCAUUGCCAGCGCUUUUUGUCUAUGUUCAAAAUCAAAAAGAGAAACUUAAUCAAGAAAAAAUAACAACCAUUGUAUUUGAUCCACAACACUGGCGUAAUGCUUAUAAUAUCUUUCUUACAUAUCUAGAUACGAUAUAUUAUAAAAUAUAUACUGUUUUAAAAAAAGACACAAAGUACAAACUUCAUUUUGAACUUUCCAAUUUUAAAACAUUUUCCACCUACGCUCGAUAUUUUAUAGAUGCUGAUUUUUAUUGUGGAAGAAAACCCGAAGAGGUGAAAAUUGAUAGAGUUUCAGCAUAUGAAAAUAAUCCCCAUAAUUUUGCAUGUAAAAUGGGAGAGUAUUUACCAGAUCUUGAAGUCUACUUUGCUAAUAAAAUUUUUAAUAUAGUUAACACAUAUCAAAAAUUUGAAAACGAAUCAAUUGCAAAAGCAUUUGAAAAUUACUUUCAUUCAUCGAUUCGUGAUACUGAAGUAAUUAUCAAAUUAAGAGAUAAUAUUGUUGUUACUGAUUUUUACGAUCCGAGCAUCCAAUCAAAUGAUUUUCUUGAAAUCUACUUCCCUGCAAAUGGCACUACAAAUUAUUAUGUUGUAAUACGAGAAAACUAUAAUCACAGAAUUGAUAAAGUUGACCAUCUUCCUGACUCUUUACCACAAUCGGAUCGUCCUCCUAUCAAAAAACAAGACGAAAAAGUUUCCUUUACUCAGCAAUUAAAUGAAAUUAAAGAAAAUAUAGUAAAAAGAAAAAGUUUAAGACUAAAAACAUUACUAUUGUCAAGUCGACAGGGACGAUUAAAAAUUGACUGGUGGAAAGAAUUUGGAUUACCUCUAAUAGCUUAUUACAAAUGUUUAUCAGGGACAGAUUUUAAUAGUAACAAAAAAGAUCCUUGUCUACUGGAUAUGCAUAUUAUGCAUAAUUUUAAUAAUAUAUCUAUAAAUUUAGUACAAGAAGAUACUCAAUCUAUCUUGACAUUGUUAGGUACAAUUAUAAAAACAUUAAGUCUUAAAAACUUACUUAUUUUUAUUAUUGGUAUGAACGUGGAUACUAUAUCAGAAAAUUUUGAUGACUACAUAAAAUAUGAAAAACUUUCAAAAUUUGCUAAUAUAACUCUGGAUAUAAAUCUGCAAAAUUUAUUACGUUUAUCUAAUCCUAAGUUUAAUAUUGUACUAAAGAAUAAUAAUGUAUUGAAAAUACUUCGUAAAAAUGUGGAAACAUUUAAAAAUUUUACUUCUUUGGAACUCGUAUCAUUAUUCAGUAUGAUGUAUAAUAUUGGAAAAUAUUUAAAUCGUUACGUUAUGCCUUUAACAAAACAUUCUAAUUAUUUAGAUUUAAAUUUAACUGUUAUGUCCCAAUUCGAAUGCAGCGACAUAUUCAUAUCUAGAUGUGAUUCCGGCUACGGUUAUAAAUUUGUUACGUUAAGCGAUUAUAAUAUUGCAAGUUUACGAACUAUUCAUCAAUCUGAUGGGGAAAAUAUUCUGUUGUUACUUUUAUAUAAAAUUAUUGCAAUUGAUGAAAAAAUAUUUGAAAUAAUUAAUUCAACAUCUUUACAUCGAACCCGUCAAUUUUUAUAUGAAAUUGAUUAUAAACUUCAGUACGAUUAUAAUAGACUUAGAUUUAGUGCCACAGAUGUAGAUGAAUAUAAUUUAAUUUAUUGCAAUUAUGAGAGUGAACCACAACCUCAAUUAAAUCUGUGUCCAAGAAUAAAAAAUAAGAAAAAACAAGAAGAGAUUCAAACAAAAAUUUUAAACAUGUUCCGAAAUGAUAUGUUAUAUCCUUCAAAAGCUGAUUUAAUUAAAGUAAUUGAUAAUUAUGUAUUUCCAGAUGAAAAUUUUUUUGUUGAUGAAUUUGUUAGAAAAUGGAAAAGUGAAUCGAAUUUGCUAACUCCACUUUAUGGAAAACAAUAUAUAAUAGAGCAUAGAAAUGAUUUUCUUACAUUACGAUACAAAGAAUGGUUAGAUUCAAAAUAUUUAAAAUUUGAAGAUGCUGAAAAUAGAAUAAAUCAACUUUAUACUCAACAAGAAAGAAAAUUAAUUGAAAAGAAAACAACAUUAAAUGAAAUUUUGAUAAUAUACAAAUCUCGUAAUGAAUAUUUUUCUGCAACAUUUGAAGAUUAUUAUGCUUUAAGAAAUUUUGCUACAACUGGAUACAGAAGAAUAAAAAGUGACACGAAUGAAGCAAAACAAAUGAAAAUUGCUCUAUAUAAUUUAGCAAUUAGACAAUCUGACGAUCCAGACAAAAAUUUUGAUUUAGUUUUGUCUACAGUUGAAUUUAUGCAUAUGGACUCAUCAAAAAAAUUGUUUUCUCAUGAUUACAAAUAUACAUUAGAAAAAUUUACCUUCACAGCAGUACCUACUGUGACUAAUGCAAAUACAAUUCUAAACAAAAAAGAGGGUUUUGAAAAUAUUUUAUUUGAAAUGUCAUUUUCCAAACCUUACUUAAGAGCUAAAAUAAAUCAAAUGUAUUACACAGCGGUUGAGCAAACUAAAUCAAUCCUUUUACCUGGCACUGAAUUUUCAUUUGUAGAUUCAAAUUAUAUGAAUAUAACUGGAUUGGGCUAUGUUCUUCGAAUUAGAUUAAAAUAUAUUGUAAAUGAGACAAAUGAUAAAUACGAAUGGUAUCAAAAAAUUAUGGAUGCUAUUGCGGAUAUUAAAUUAUCCAAUUAAUUAUUAUUUUAAAAAUAUUGUCCUAAACAAAAAUUGUAAUUAUUAUGGUACUAGCAAAAUUACAUGCGCGCUUCCAACUUUGAAUGCAAUGGUUAUUUUAAAAUAAUAAUAAUAAUACACAGUAAA